AUGUCUUUAAACUUCUUGCUAGGUACAGGCAAAGUUAAUUCUGUGCUAAAAGAGUUUGUUCGUAAUGCCAGUAAGAAGACUGGUGGUAGUACGUCUAAUACGAAUUGUAAGGUGAAGCCAAAGCGCAGAGGGUGGAAAGUACAAGAUGGACAUUUUGUUCAAGCCGGUCAUAUGCUGGCCACUCAAAGGACGACAAGGUUUCAUCCAGGAUUGAACGUUGGCUUUGGCAGAAACGGCACACUAUUUGCAAUGGAAGCUGGUAAAGUGGUAGUGACUUGUGAGAAAUUUGACCCCAACUGGGAACACACUUGGGUGCAGAGAAUGUAUGGAGGUCGGGAACAACAAGUUAUUAUGAAGAAGUACUUCAAUGUUAUACCACAACCUCAACAUCAGAGAUUUAAACUAGUCGAUGAAGUUUAA